UUUUGCCUCCUCGGAGCUUCACUCGGGGAGGAGAAAGUGCUUCAAGUCAACACCGAGAGAGUGUUGAGUGUUGUGAAUCAGGACUUCAUAGGAUUUGCCAUUGACUCACGCUGUCUUCUUUACCAUAAAUGCCUGGAAGGACUCAAGUAAGAUCUUUAGCUACACUUUCAAGUGAUAUAAUCUCUUAAUGGCAAUUUUCUUUGCAGAAAUCUCUCUUCAGAGGCGCAGAAUACGAUCCAAGUCAAGAUUCAUGGAAUCGAAGAAACUCCUGACUAUCAAACACUUCCGGUGAUCAAGGAAUUGACAGAGUCAUCGAAAAUUGAGCCUAUUGUUGUUUUGGAUUACCAAGCAAAAGACUGGAAUCCGCGUCAGCAUUUGAGGCUUUUGCAGAGAAUCAACAAUCUUGGUGUGAAGCAAUGCACUUUCCAACUUGGCUCAGACUUCAACGAGGAAGACAUGUUUACCUAUGCUGAUGAUCUCUCGACGCUGAGGUUUAUGAUCGACGCCUUCAGGAAAUUCGGCAACAGCUGGAAGAUCAUCGGAGGAGAUCUUGCUGACACUAUUUCGCUGGUGAACGCGAGGAUUUACACGAAAUUGGCAAGAAAUUUCGUGGGAUCCUUCAAUUGGAAACAGAGUUUAAAUACUUCCAGUUCGGAUCUCUCUUCAACAAUUCAGCAUUUGGUCGAUGAGACUUUCCUGCCAGUGAGUGUCACUUAUCGUCGUUCUGCUUCAAGCGCUCCUGCUCGUGAUGUUCGAUCGUGUGAUGCAAAGUGCGUGUCUGAAGGACUAAAAUGGGCGGAAGAACUCGGCGAAAUGGCGCAAAAGGGAUUCUCUAAUGUCUUCAAAAUGAUCACCAGGAAGGACUUCAUUGAGCACGAUCUUGGGAACUACAUUUCCCAGGUUUAUCAGAAACUCAUGGGAUCGAACGUACUGAAGAUCAAGUCAAGUGACAAUUUGUCUCAGAAAUUCUACGCUCAAUGCUCAAAGACGAAUCCUGGCGGAGUGAUUGUGAUGGGAAUUAAUUCAGAAGACAAAUCAGUGAAAACCAAAACAAAAUUCCCAGGAAUUAUCAUUGGGAAGAUCAAUGAAGUGAUCUUACGUGCUGAAAGUGACAGAAUUUACCUUAAUAAUCGCCUUCUGAACAACCAAAUGCCAAUCGAUGUUGUUCCUGUGCUUCUGGAAAAGCUUGUUGAGGAUGAAGAGAUGAGUGUAAAUCUGCCACCGAAGUCUGUAGGAUUUUGGGAGAUUCCCGAAGCUAAUCUCUCAAUUUGCACAGAAGCUCUGACCAUGAAGAUUAAAACAAGAAAACCUGUGGAAUCUUCCAUGACAAAUCUUCUGCAAGAACUCAUCCAGGAAAUGUCAGAGGCUCAAGAAGAGACUCUCAAGCGAGGCAGAAGAUCAAUUCCUCGCAUAUUUCAACACCAGAAGCGCGAUGUUUCCGGGAAAUUUAAGCAAAUCUUGGAGCUCUUCAACAAGAAGAUUCGUGGAAUUCAGGCAGGGAAUUUCCCAACAGCUCCCAAAACUGCCCAAACUUACUCGGCUUAUCAGAAGCCACUUAUUUACACAGUUUCUCCGAAUGGCGCUGGACAAGGCUUUGAGGCUUCUGCUCAAAUGAAUGCCGGGCAAUUCUAUGAAAAUCCUCAUUCGUCCUGGAACACUGGACAGGCAUAUGAUAAUCUGAUUCAAUUGAAUCCUGGACAGAAUCUUGAGAAUGUUAUUCAACUGAAUGCUGGACAGGGAUUUGACAAUCCCAUUCAAUUGAAUGCUGAACAACUCUUCGGACAGGCUUACGGAGGAGAAACUGUUCUGCCCGCGAGUUUCGCGAUGCCCCAGCAAAAGAAGUACCAGAAGCCGAAGGUUCAGCAGGCACAAGUGCAGGCGCCAGCAGUCCAGCAUAUCUCAGCCACUCUGCCCGUUCAGGAGACGCCAUUCACGGGGCAGAUUCUUCCCGGACAGACUUACCAGCUGACGGAAGCCGAGGCACAGGCCUACUUGAGCGGACUCGGGGGACAGCAAGUGUAUCAGCAACCUGAAGAGUACCAGGCCAGUGCCUAUGCAAAUGUGCAGCCAAGUGUCCAGCCGAUUUACCUCAACGCUUAUCCUGAUGGUCAAGUGGAGACUGCCCAAGCUUAUCCUGAUCUCUCAUCCAUGACACAAACAGCUCAAGCUCCUCAAGUUCCUCAAGCUUACGUCUUGCAAUCGCCUACGAAUCAGGACAAUCAAAUGGCUUACAUGAUGGAUCCUUAUCCAGAAACCUGGGAUUCAAUCACUGGACACCAAGCUACGAAUCCAGGCAAGAAAUCUUCUCCGAAUCCCGCUGAGAAGGUCAAAUCGAGCUUUCGCACUGGAAAAUUCCAGGAAAUGUCCAAAGAUGACCCUGAAAUUCAACUUCAGCUUAACAAGAAUGAUCAGGUGAAGUUCCUUGGGAAGCACAAAGAGGCUAACAAUGACAACUUCGCCGAUGAACUUUCCAUCCUCACUCAACUGGGUUAUCACGAGAUAACGCACAUUGACGAAGAGGACAGGCCCAGGGAUGAGAUUUCCUCUCAUCGCCAGCGCAGAUCUAUUCUCUCGGAGAACAAGAAGAGAAAUUUCCUGGACUUGGAUGUCUUCCCGAUCAGUCUCGAGGAUGGUGAAAAUGCCAUAGAAGAAUCGCUGGGAAAUAAGAUGAAAUCCUCACUUGACGAUAUGCUGAACUUCAUCCCGAAGGCGCUGAAGAAGUCCCAGGACGCCACGCCGCAUCUGCAGUCAAUCCAGAGCGAUAGCAGCGAGAUGAAGAAGCAGUGCAAAAUCCUCUCAGUGGCCAUGGAGAAUGAGUGUCUGCACGACACACUGGAAGACAUCCGAACGAUGGCGAAGAGAGCGGUGAAGUACAUCAGUCGCAAGAAGAUCGCCCAAGUCUUCGAUUGGAUGUUGCCGCCGAAGUUGAUUUUGAAGAAGCGUCGUUUCAUCCGCGCUCUGCCCGAUGCUCCGCGCCUGUUCAAGAAUCUCGAGGAUGCCCUCAAAACCAACAAGAUCCUCCAAAUGAAUAAUCAUGAAGAGUCUGAAGAGAAGAGCCAGGAAAUCGAUCUUAUCGAAGCUGUGAAGCAAGAAGAAGACAAGAUGACGAUUGAUGAACAUUCUGGCGAAGUGCAGAAGUCUCUUAAUCACUUCAUCAACAUGAUGAACUCACACAUCUUGAGUUGGUGGAAUCUGUUUGCUUAAUUACUUACUUUACACGAUUAUUGUCGUUUUUAUUUUGUAUACUGAAUAAUUGCAAUAAAAUCUUGACCUUGCAUCUUCUGCUUUAUCUUGUCAGGUUUUCUAAUUUGCGCGAAAGAAAGAACUUUUCAUAGCGUUUCAUCGUAUAUUUCGCCAAUAAUUUUCUCCCUCCACACGAAAACCUGAGCCGAAAGUGGGAGUUAAAUA